UUUAUCAUAGGUACACUUCAACUGUGAGAGACGGAAUUUAAAACAAAAAUCCAGAAAAUCACAUUGUAUGAUUUUUAAGUAAUUAAUUUGCAUUUUAUUGCAAAUUGGGGUUGUACUAUUAUAUGGUAUUUAGACACAUUCACACAAUGAUGUAAAAUGUAACUUAUUUACAUCAAGUUUGCCAGUACAACUAAGAUUAGGCCCUAGAAAAAAAGUCAAAUACACACUUUUGACUGCUAAAAGUAUUUUAUAUAAAAUGUAUAAACUUUGGCUACUCUGUUUUUACAAAUCUAGAGUCUAAUCUGAGUCUUGUGUGAAAAUACAACAAUAACUAGAGAAGUACAUAUCCUGAAGAAAAUGUGGUAUGCAUGCUAGCUUGUGAAUGAUCGAUUGAUUGGUAGGAGAGGAUAUGCUGAACAUGUUUUGGUUUGGUGUCUCUAGCUUGAACGGAUACAAGAGUUACUGUUGGUUGGUUAUUUUAAGCCAAUGUAUGGAAAUGUAUACAGCUAAAGUUGUAAAAAUGAUUUAAUAAUUUGAAGUAAGGAUCGCCUGAACAUGUGAAAGUUGCUUGGUGUCUAUAGUGUGAAUGUUUCAAGAGUUACUGUUGGUGAGUUAUUUUAUGCUAAUUUAUGCACAUGAAUGGAAUUAUAGUUCAUACAAGUUCAUACAAGAAUUUUAAUUUAGGAUUGCCUGAACAUGAGAAAGUUAGUUUGAUGUCUCUAGCUUGAACGGUUCAAGAGUCACUGUUGUUGAGUUAUUUUAUGCAAAAAUAUGCAACUGUAAAUAGUUAUAAUACAUUUUCUAACAUUAUAGAAUUGGAUAUUAGGACAGCCUGAACAUGUGAACGUUGGUUUGGUGUCUCUAAUUUGAACGGUUUAAGAGUUACUGUUGGUUGGUUAUUUUAUCUUAAUUUAUACACAUUCACAUCGUAAUAAUUGAUAAAGAUCUUAAAUCAUUUGAAGUUUAGGAUGCCCUGAAUGUUUUACAGUUGGUCUUAUAGCUUAAAUGGCCUAGGAGGAAGACCAUUUUAAAUAGCCACCACUGUAUUACUGUGGUUCUAAUUCGAACCCAGGUUAUUUAUGUAAAUGUUAAAUGCUUAUAGUUUAAAAAGUAUAAAAGGCUAUGGAGCUUUUAUUAACAUUUAAAACGGUUAUAGUUCAAAAAGUAUAAAUGAUCAACAUUUGAAAACCAAUCCAUUUAAGUUGGGUCAGUUUGAACAUCUCGACGUUGGUUUGGCGUUGAUAGCUUAAAUGGUGUAAGAGGAGAUUAGUGUCACAUUUAGAUUUUUUUACCAUUCAAGUCUAUGUACCAUUUUCCCCCGUUGAAAUGCAUUGGGAGAUCAUUUAAACAUUGUUACAGUUAAAAAAUGAUAAAUGCUAUAAAAAAUAUUUUCUCAACAAUCUAAGUUGGAGUUUUCUGCACAUCUGGAAGUUGGUUUCGUGUUAAUAGCUUAAAUCAUUUACGGGCUAUAGAGCAAGCCGAAGAAAUUAAACAAUAAUAAUAAUGAGUAUGUAAGAAAUCUAGAGUUGUACAUUAUUUUGGAUGCAUAAUUCAUUAUUGUCAUCAACUAUACCAAUCAAAAUACAUUUUUACUGAUACAAAUUACAUGUGAUUAGAUACAUGGGGAAUGUUCCACAGGUCAAUAAUCAAGAAAGAGAAGAGGCAAGAAUAUUUAGAAUUCGACCUGAAAAAUAUAUUUUUUUGUAAAUACAAAACAAAAUACUUUAUGGGUUGAAGCAAAACUUCCUCGGCAUGUAGAUAACCAAGCAUUAGCACAUUGAAUAACAGCUUUCUAAGUUAUUCCUAAUUGUAUAACUAGUGUUAGUGUUACUUUGUUACCUGGUCCCUCCUACAUACAAUGUUCAACAAUUGCUCUUUAUCUUACUCUUAAAUCUUUUUUUGUUGUUGUAGAUUUCUGAAAGGUAUUUUGAAAUAUUAGCUGGAUCAAAAUAGGACAAACCUAAAUGCCAUGCUCCUUCUUAUCUGUUUAUGCAUUGGUGUAAGUCUAUGUAAAUGACUUUUGACCAAAACAAUUUCUCUAUCAUGUAAUGUAUAAUAUAUUCUAUUUUUCUAUGUGCAAGAUGAAAAAUCAAUGUAUUUCAAUACAAACAAAUAGUACUUUUAGUUUUUAAAAACUUUACAGAAGUGACAGACAACAAAUAUCCAUGGGAAACAGCUGCGGGGUGUGGGGGGGUGGGGGUCUCACAAAGGACAGAAUGCAGCCCUCUGCUCACGCAGUUAUAAAUAACAUUGCUUCUUUGUGUGGUGGUGCGCUUGGUGCUCUGAUUGAUCGACUUAUACAGUAGUCCCGGACCCUUUUGCCCCUCAAGAGGUUGUGAUUGGUCAAGGGCUAGCCUGUCUGAGCGCAAACCAGAUCCGAUGAGCAACAAGAACGACGACAGCUGAAAUCAACAGAGUAGAAAGACGGCGGUCCCACAGAGACUUGCACAGUUCAGUCAUUCCUUUGAAGGGUGCCUUCGGACAAAACCGUUUGCUGUUCACGCUCAGCGUCGAAAAACUUAGAGGUAAAUAUCGUGUGAACUUUUCAAGAACUCGGUGGUCCAAUCCACUCUCUCAUACUGUCUCAGUGGCUGCUUGAUAGGGAGGGUGUGAUGAGGACUGGCUGGCCCCUCCUUGCUGCAGGGCUGUACUCAGUGCUGUCCCAUGUGGUUCUGGUCCGAGGCUGUCUGGACUCCUGUAAGGAAUGCUCAGGGCUUCAGAAUGAUCUGUGUCUGGAAUGCAGAACAGGCUGGACCCUCCAUGACAACACAUGUGUAGACAUAGAUGAGUGUGGCACAGAGCUGGGCCAGUGUCCCCCCAACACCUACUGCUUCAACACAGAGGGCAACUAUCAGUGCAAAGGCUGUGACCAGGCCUGUGUAGGCUGUAUGGGUGCUGGGCCAGCUCGCUGCAGGAAGUGUGCUGCUGGCUACAGACUAACCGGAGCCAAGUGUUUAGAUAUAGAUGAAUGCAGUGAGCGGGUUCUGGCGUGUUCAGGGCUAGAUGAGAUCUGUACCAAUUUGGAUGGUUCUUUCCUCUGUGACUGUGCUGAAGGCUUCACACGCAAAAACAACGUCUGUGUGCAGAAAAAGCUACCCAGAGGUGUUGGUGAGAAGGGUCUGUUUGAGGAUGUCCAGGAUGAAGAGGUGGAGGUUCUCCAGCAGAUGUUCUUUGGGGUGCUGCUCUGUGCUUUGGCCACCCUGGCUGCUAAAGGAGACAUGGUCUUCACCUCCAUCUUCAUGGGUGGAGUGGCGGCCAUGGCUGGAUACUGGCUCAUAGACAGGGGAGACCGCGUAUUGGACAGCUUUCUGAAGGGACGCUAGAGCUACACUGCUGUCAAGGACUUAUUACCAUAACCUGUUGGUAUGCACAGUGAUUUAGCAAACUGUCAAAGAAAAGUCUUCAUUACUCUGGUCCACCCUCCUGCUUCUCUUUGGAACUCCUUCAAGACUGUUGGAAAAGCAUUCCUCAUGAAGUUGGUUGAGAGAAUGCCAAGAGUGCGCAAAGCUGUCAUCAAGGCAAAGUGUGGCUACUUUGAAGAAUCUCAAAUAUAAAAUAUAUUUUGAUUUGUUUAACACUUUUUUGGUUACUACAUGAUUCUAUAUGCGUUAUUUCAUAGUUUUGAUGUCUUCACUAUUAUUCUACAAUGUAGAAAAUAGUAAAAAUAAAG